CACAGAGCUCUAGAGUGAGGAGAGCCUUCCUCACUCCGGUCACUCUUUCUAAGAUACAGAAGGAUUCUGGCUGGACAAAGAAAUGAGUCUACUAACUGCAAUCAUUCUCCUGGCUGCUUUGCUACACCAGUCUGAUGGACAGGGUUUUCAGUAUAAACAAGAAGACAUCUUGUCUCCUCAUUUUAAGUCUCAUAACCAAAAAGACAUCCUUGACCAACACAAUGAAAUACGGAGAUCUGUAAUUCCCACUGCCAGCAACAUGUUGAAGAUGGUGUGGAGUGAGAAAGCUGCCAAAAACGCGAAGAAAUGGGCAAAUAAGUGUGGGAUGGAAGUGAGUCCAAGCAAUCAGAGAGUCAUUAAUGGUGUCACCUGUGGUGAGAAUAUACUGCUGUCAUCUUACCUAAAAACAUGGGCUGAAGUAAUUCAAGCCUGGCACAGUCAGUCCUCCAAUUUCAAGUAUGGACUUGGAGCAAUCAAGAAAAAUGCCAAUAUUGGGAGCUAUACUCAGCUAAUCUGGUAUAACAGUUACCAGGUUGGAUGUGCAGUUGCCUACUGUCCUAGGAGCGAGCUCAAAUACUUCUAUGUUUGCCAAUACUGUCCUGCAGGAAAUAAUGUAAUGCAAAUAGCUACACCUUACAAGAGCGGACCAAAAUGUGCUGACUGUCCCGGUCACUGUGACAAAGGGCUUUGCACCAAUCCUUGCAAGUAUAAAGACUCCUUCGAAAACUGCAGAGAACUGAAAACUUUGCUUACCUGUAGCAAUUCACUGAUGAAGAAGUGUCCUGCUACCUGUAAAUGCACCACUGAAAUCAUAUAGUGACCUGGUGAGUGUCAUUACAGCUGCUGUGAGACUUAUUAGGAAAGAGCAGAACUCACUGUGAAGGGUAUUCACUCUGAGUGUCCAGAUUGACUCAGAUUUUUUUCUGAAAUCUCACCAUUACUUCAGUCCUAAAUAAGUCUAGUAGCUCAAAAUAACCUCCGAUGUUAUUUUAGACUUUACAGAAAUCAUGCUUCAGCUACUGAUGCCUGCCCUUGUGGUUUUCCUUGCAGUAGAUCUUCCACCGAUUCAUUUAUUUUUAAUGGGAAACACACUUUGCAAAUGCUUCACUUUUUUUUCAGAUUAUGUUAAAUGCCACUUAACUUUCCUCUGUUACCUUUUCUUUAUCAAUGGAAUAUGUUUCUGCUAAAUAAAUACAU